UGUCUCUAAAUGCACGUGUGUGUAUUUUUUCAACCCUCCCUUCGUAACUGUCAAAACUCCUGCGUUACACCGCAUAGUGUGAUCAUAUUUGAAGUCUUCAGUUGUAUUAAUGUCAGUAGUUUUUCUUUAAGAAUGUUUGCUUCUCUCUUGAUGGUCAUGCUGGGACUGUGUUACUGUACCAAGGAGAGCACUAAGUUAAUUCUUGGGAUCCCACAACUGACUGGCCCUUCGGAGGCUAAGGUGAAAGACACUGUAGAAAUGAAAUGUGAACUGCCAACCUACCCAAAGGAUGAAUCUAUUCUGCUGCAGUUAUUCCAGAGGGGUAACACUGACAAGUUGCUGGGUGAAUUCACCUCCCUGGAUGGGCAGACUGCACAGUUCUACUUGGUAAUCAAAACUUCCCAUGAGGGAAACCUGGAGUGUGUGGCCAGUGGACAGAACAACUCUGACAUAGAGCCCACAGUCAGCAGCAAACACUACCUGACGGUCAUUGACCCUGUGAAGGGUGCAGAGAUUGUUGUCCAUUCAGGUUCAAAGGAGUUCUUUGAGGGGCGGCCGCUGGAGCUACUCUGUAAACUAGUGGCUGGAACUCAUGUGUCCUAUGACUGGCUGCUGAAUGGUCAGCACAUCUCUCAGUCUCCUGUCCACUUUGCUUCAGGCAACCGUCUCUUGAUCAACAGUACCACUUCAGAACACAGCGGCUCCUACACAUGUAAGGCUACCAACCAGUACAAGGGAGAAGUCUUCACCUCUGAAAGCUCUGAAGUUAAAAUCACAGUCAAAGCUAAGUUAAUUCUUGGGAUCCCACAACUGACUGGCCCUUCGGAGGCUAAGGUGAAAGACACUGUAGAAAUGAAAUGUGAACUGCCAACCUACCCAAAGGAUGAAUCUAUUCUGCUGCAGUUAUUCCAGAGGGGUAACAUUGACAAGUUGCUGGGUGAAUUCACCUCCCUGGAUGGGCAGACUGCACAGUUCUACUUGGUAAUCAAAACUUCCCAUGAGGGAAACCUGGAGUGUGUGGCCAGUGGACAGAACAACUCUGACAUAGAGCCCACAGUCAGCAGCAAACACUACCUGACGGUCAUUGAGCCAGUGGAAGGUGCAGAGAUAAUUGUCUCUUCAGAUUCAGAAGAGUUCUUCGAGGGGGGGGAACUUGAGCUACACUGUGACCUUACUGCUGGAACUCAUGUGUCCUAUGACUGGCUGCUGAAUGGUCAGCGCAUCUCUCAGUCUCCCAUUCACUUUGUUUCAGGCAACCAACUCUUGAUCUACAGUACCACCUCAAAAGACAGCGGCCUCUACAGAUGUGAAGCUACCAACCAGUUCAAUGAAACAGUCUACAACUCCACCAGCAAAGAAGUUGAAAUCACAGUAAAAGAUGUGGUGUCAGCCCCUGAUAUCUCCUUCACCGUGUUAAAGGAGAACUCCCAUGAGUAUUCUGCCAGGGUCACCUGUCAGUCAGCAAAAGGGACUCCACCUGUCACCUUUUCACUCUACAAUAGGACAGAACUACUUACCAACGUGACGAGUGAAGACAGAAACGCCAUAUUCAAGGUUCCAUUGGUUUUGGAUCAGCACAUGGGAGACCUCCAGUGCCAGGCAGACAAUGGAGACAGGAUAGCAUACAGUCAAUGGCUGCCCUUAGAAGUUGUCACGGUUGGUGGGCCUGUGACCUUGCAUUACGACUACGACACUGGGGAAAACUAUGCUGUGGUCGGCCUGAGGUUCUACUGCAAGGCGGCAAAGGGAUCUCAUCUACACUACAACUGGUUCCUCAACAAAACCCUUCUCCAUGACCGUGGAAGCUUCUACUAUGUGGUCAAUGAGAAUCCAGAACAAUCGAUACUCUUGCUGGCUGUAGGGAGGAGCAGCGCCGGGACGUACCACUGUGAAGUGUCUGACAGCUUUGACAGCACUACUGCAAUAAGCAGCGAGAGGCGAUACAUGGAUAAAGAAACGCUGAACCACCUCCCCGUCUCAGUCGUGGCAGCUGUCUUUGGAACUUUCAUAUUCCUGAUUCUCCUGGUCUCUACUUGUUGUUGGAUUGGAGUGGUGUACAGGCAAAGGGAGUAUGGAGACAAGUUUCUGUCGAGUCUGGAGAUGGAGAGAAUGGUGACACCAUAUGAGGGCGAGCUGGAUCUGACUGAGUACGAUGAGGAUGCUGGUAUGGCAGAGACAACCAGUGGGGAUGAGUUUGAUCAGGCAUCUGAAGCCUCUGAAGAUGAAUGGCCCCAAAUAGCAGAGUGGAAGAGGACGUUGGAGGAUGAACCAAUUCAGAUACCCUGAGGGCUCAGAUUGUUUGCUUUGUAAACACUGCCUGUUGCUGUUAAAUAAACACCUGCUCAUUA